AUUCAGUGGAUUCCUAUGAACGGGCUGGGCUCCACGGUGCAGCAGGGCCCGUCCCCUCCGUCUUCUGCCCUGACUGUGACCCCACGGCGCUGUCAGGACUGGGAGGAUCUUACUGGAUGUUUUGUGCCGGAUCGAGUCGUUCGCUUCUAUCUCAACAACAGAAGAUAUGCCGUCUCAGGGAUUGACGUCUUCCUGGAGCCCGAGUGCAGAACAAUGAAGCUUUACCUUCUGAUGGCAUUUCUGGUGGACCUGACGUGUGUCCACGGGGCAGAUGUGACUGAGUCGCCCCCAGACGCAGUUAAGCCGGGGGUAUGUCCAGUGCUGGAUCCUUUUGCCCUUGAGGUUUGCUUCGCAAAAUGCAAGAGCGACGUCAAUUGUGAAGGUGUCCGUAAAUGUUGUAAGACCUCCUGUGACGGGUAUCAGUGCCAGAUCCCGGAUGAGAAGGCCGGGUCCUGCCCUCCUCCUGAGGACACCAAUGGGACGACCUGCAACCCAAGCGCUCGUUGCUCCUCCGAUAACAAAUGUGAUGGGGAACAGAAGUGCUGCCCCAACGCCUGCAACAGCAACUCCUGCCAGAAUCCGGUAUGAAGUACAGAAUGGAAAUGAAGGAUCAGAUCAAGGAUGAAGAACUGCAGAACCACCUUUCUUUCUAGACAUUUCUGACUAAUUCUACCCCAUGAAAUGUAUUUACUUUUAUGAAAUCUUUUGUACAUUGCAAUUAAAUAAAUAUUAAAAGAAA